AUGUACAUCGAGAGACUCAAUAACUGUACCGUGGCAUCCUGUAACGUUACGGAUCAAGAAGUCACCUUUUCUGCCAUAGCUGAGAUCUGCGCCAUCUUCAGCGUGCCUGUGACGCCCAGCAGAAAUUCUAGGGCUCCGCCAACCGCGGCGAGCACCAGCCCCGAGGCUCCUCCCACCAGAAACACGCCCAUCCCUCGCCCCUUUACACCACCGCCCAUCAUUCGCGCCCACGUCGCUGCUGUUGCUGCUGCUACUGCACCAUCCACCGUCAACACCAACACCACGGAGCCUGCGUCUUUCGACCAUAGCCAUCUAUCACCGAGGGCGCUUGAAAAACAGCCUGUCAGAGAUGCACCUGAACUGACCCCAGAGACCCAUCCUCCCCGUCCUCCUAUCGCACAUCCACGAUUACUGACCUCAUCCUCCGUCCAUCCUGCGCCUCCUGCCGACUACCUCCUAUACCAACAGAAGCCUCUGCCCCCUCCGCCUGCACCGUCACAACCGCCCAGUUCGUACAGGAGAUCCUUCCUCGAAGUGUUGCUCCCACGGACGAGCCCCAAACGAACCAUUCCACCCGACCACCGCUCUGCUGCCUCACGUGUCCUCAAUCCCAUUAACCACGUUCCCCGUCCUACUCCCGUCCGCGUCCAGCCUCAACGACCUCAGCUUUCCACCGACGUGGGUGCCGGUGCUCGCGGCACCGGCGAAGUCCAUACUCUGCUCAGCCUCCCUGAACAGCGUCGCUCACGUCAACAUUCUCCCACAGAUCCCAUCGUUGAACACAGUCCUCAUCUUACCCCAACGGGCGACAGAACCAGCAUCGGCCUCCCUCCCAACCAACAGCGGGGGAAUAAUUUUCUUCCCGAGUCUUCUUCCCAAGGUGCCGGACUGAUGGUGGACUUGGAAAAGCAGGAUCCUAGUGAUCUGAAGCCGCCUGAACGCGCACACACAGUCCCUACGUCGAGAUUUAAUGUCGACCCUGCGACCACGCCGCAAGGGCCCUCCGUGCUGGGACAGAGCUAUGGUGUCAAUCCCCUCGACCAACCUUUACAGCCCCCGCGACGGAUUACCUCCCACAAGUCGCUGAAACGUGCACAGUCCGCUGCCUCGUUACACUCCUCCGCGUUUGGUGGAAGAGCAUAUACAGAUAGCGGCCAACCCCCGAACACGGCAUCACUAGAAGACGUCGAGAGAGGUGCGGCGAACGGAGAUGAAGACAGCGACGUGGCCGAGGAGCUCGCUUGGGGUCCGUCCCAUCCAUGUUUCCCCCAUUUCAAUCCACACGUCCCGUUACACUCGCCCGAAUACGCCGCCACACGCAUCAUCCGCAUCCGCCGCGACUGGAUGGUGGUGGGUGAUCUCGCUCCUACGUUCUCCAACAUAUACCCGGAAAUCCUCGACCCGUUAAUGCAGGAACAAGAAUUCCGAUACGUGAUAGAACACGUCAAUCAGACUCUCUGUCAAGCAUAUGACCCGUUCUCGGUGUGGAAUUGGUUUGAUGGCAUCAUGGGUGUAUUAACAGGUUGGUUCUGGGAGGAUUUCCGACCCUGGGGGAUCAAAGGCGCUCUGAAGGGAUUGGAAGAAUGGUUGGAGGACUGGAAUCAUACAGUUGGUGCGCGGGACGGUGUGAAGAUCAUCCCCUUGAGGAGGACCGGAUACAUGAAUCUGGACAUCCAGAUCCCGGAUCCCCAGGUCAGAGUGGUGGGGGAGGAUGGGGAGAGCCAAGGCUUGCGACCUAACACACAAGGGACUGGUACAGCCAUGGCACCCCCUCAGAGUGCAACGGCCGGUGCAACGAACAAGGCACGUUGA